AAGAGAACGAAUAGUCUGUAAACCAGUUUUCUGAUGAUCCACACUCCGGAGCAGUAAUGCACAAAAACGCUGGAUCCCAACCGCAAUGAAAACAGAAGAAGAAGAAGCUGAUUGCGUCAUAGAGAGGCGCCGCUGAUGCUAGUUUAAUGUUGAUCGGCGGAAAGGCCAACAGUUUUUAAUAACAAUUUGAUCGUUACGCUAGUGGUCAAACAUGGGGAAGUCUUUUGCUAACUUCAUGUGCAAGAAAGAUUUUCAUCCUGCAUCAAAAUCCAACAUUAAGAAGGUAUGGAUCGCAGAGCAAAAGUUAACCUUCGACAAGAAGAAGCAGGAGGAGCUGAUGCAGGCUUAUGUGAAGGAGCAGGACACGUACAACAACAGACUGCUGAUGGGAGACGAUCGUGUGAAGAACGGCCUCAAUUUCAUGUAUGAAGCACCUCCAGGAGCGUCUAAAGAGGAGACUAAAGAGGAUGGAGAAUCUGAGUACAAGUUUGAGUGGCAGAAAGGAGCUCCUCGUGAAAAGUAUGCAAAGGAUGACAUGAAUAUUCGGGAUCAGCCUUUUGGCAUUCAGGUGCGGAAUGUGCGCUGCAUUAAGUGUCAUAAAUGGGGUCACGUGAACACGGAUCGUGAGUGUCCCCUCUUUGGCCUGUCUGGGAUCAACGCCAGCUCUAUGGCCAGUGAUGAAGCAGGUCCGUCGAUGCACCCCUCCGAGUUAAUGGCAGAGAUGCGAAACAGUGGGUUUGCGCUGAAGAAAUGUGUCCUCGGGAGGGACAGCACCAUGAGUGAUCCAGCACAGGAUCUCGUGGCCAGUGAGGAAGAGGACGACCCUGAGGUGCAGUUCCUGAAGUCUCUGACUACCAAACAAAAGCAGAAACUGCUAAGAAAACUUGACCGUCUUGAAAAGAAGAAGGAGAAGAAGAAAAAGAGUAAAAAGGAGAAAAAGAAGAGCAAGAAGAAGCCGAAAAAGAAACAAGCCAAGAGUGAGAGUUCAUCCAGCAGCUCAUCAGACAGCAGCAGCGACUCUGAGGAUGAGAAACACUCCGGAAAGAAAGCCAAGAAGAAGAGCAAGAGAAGGAGGGACUCGUCCGGCGACAGCAGCUCUGAGAGAGACCGGGAGAAAGACUCAAAACACACACAUUCACAACACAGUGAGCACAGAGUUCAGAGGUCACCUGACAACAAGCACAGCGGAGAGAGAGGUAGAGAGAGACACGGGAGCAGAGAGAGGAGGACAGAACAGAGCAGGAGCCCUCAGCGACCCAGAGAGGAGAGAGAGAGAGGUAGAGAGAGACACGGGAGCAGAGAGGAGAGAGAGAGAGGUAAGGAGAGAUACAGGAGCGCGAGCAGGGAGAGAGAGAGAGAGAGAGGAGACAGAGACAAGGGCGAGAGGGAAAGAGAGAGAAACUCUGAUAGAAAUGUCAGGAGGAGGAGUGUCAGUCGGGAGCGAGGGAGGGGCGGAGAGAAACACAGCAGAAGUGAUAGCAGAGAUGCAGAGAGGAGGACCGAGCACAGCAGACGGAAAUAGCUGGAAGAGGAUGGUCACGCUCUUAACUCUGAUUAAAGGAAUAAAUCAAAACUUUCUUUCAAUUUUCUCACCCUCAUGUUAAUCCAAACCCUUUUUUAUCAAUAUAAUAAACUUAAUAGAGACUGUGGCUGUCAAGCUUCAAAAUGACAAAGCAGCUCCAUAAAAUGAGUCUUUGUGUUCUUGUCUUGUAAGACACGUCUUCUGGAGUCAAACCAAACAAAAUCAAAAUUCAAGUCAUUCAUGUAAAUUCUCCUCUUUCUUUAAGACAUCUUUUGGUCACCUGAGAACCAUUGACAUUUGACAUAAUGGGUACUGAGAGCAGGAAAGGGAAAGAUUUUCAGUGAAUAUUUACUUUAAAGGUGUUCUGCUUGUCAAAUAAAGUUAUAUUCAGAAGACUCAGAAUAUAGAAGUUUUUUUAAUUUUUUUUUUAUUGUCCUUCAUUGUUAUGGAGCUUCACAGAUGCCACGACUGCUGUUGUUGAAAUAUUAGCUGAGUAAAUCAAUGUGUAUAUAUUUUUUUAUUUCCUUUCCUGAAUUCAUAAAGGUUUGGACCGAUGUGAAGGGUUGAUGAUGGUAAAUGUUGAGAGAAACUGAGAAUUUGGGGUAAAUUACUUGUUUUGGGUGUCUUUCCCAUUUGUUCUUGAUGUACAGUCAGCUCUUGGGGUUUCUCCAGAAGAGGGCGCUCUGUGAAUGUAGAAACUGAACCUGAUAUAGAGCACAAUUAAAAUCAUCUUUGACUCAUUCCUUCAUUUUUUUCCAAUA